UAAAAAUAAUAUAUUUUAAUUAAAUUUCAUUACACUAUAAAUAGCCGUACAAUGUGUUUGAGACAGAAAAAAAAAAGAAAAGAAAUAUUCAUUGAGAAUUUGAGAGAAUGGGAAUCUGUAUCUCCAAAGUAUCCUCUGAGAUUCACAACGCUGAUUCCAUUCACGGCCAUCAAAACGCUGUCGUUUUCACCCAUUCUCAAACCAACCACAAACACGAAGCUUCUCUUAGUCUCUACUCCAGAGAAGGAGCCAAGUGCCUCAAUCAAGACUCCGCCAUUAUCUACCAGGGUUUUGGAAGUGGAGAUGGUGUUUUUGGUGGUGUUUUCGAUGGUCAUGGACCUAAUGGUCAUGUAGUGAGUGAGUUUGUUAGAAAUCGUCUUCCUCUGCUUUUGCUGAGUCAGAAAGAGUCUGUUGAUAAGGUUAAUGGAGUUGAUUUCAACGAUGAAGGAGUUUACGAAAGUUUUAGAGAUAAAACGAUCGAUACUGUUACUACUACUGAUUUGGUGGAUGAAGAUUCUCGGAAAUGGAAGGAAGCUAUUACUAGCUCAUUCAAAGUGUUGGAUAAGGAGAUUAAGCUUCUACAGAAUUUCGAUUUCUCUUGUAGUGGAACCACCGCGGUUGUCACCAUCAGAAAGGGAGAAGAUCUAAUCAUAGCGAAUUUGGGGGAUUCAAGAGCAAUUUUGGGUACAAGAACAGAGAACAAUGAAAUCAAGGCUGUUCAAUUGACCACUGAUUUAAAACCCAGCAUACCCAGUGAAGCAGAUCGAAUAAGGAGUUGUAAUGGACGAGUUCUAGCUCUGAAAAACGAACCACACAUAGAGAGAGUAUGGCUUCCGAUGGAGGAUGCCCCUGGCUUAGCCAUGUCUCGUUCUUUUGGAGAUUUUCUUCUCAAAGAUCACGGCGUCAUCUCUGUCCCCGAUGUCACCUUCCAUCGUCUAACUCCCAAUGAUCAAUUCAUGGUUCUAGCUACUGAUGGGGUUUGGGAUGUGUUGAGCAACAAUGAAGUUGCGUGUAUUGUUUUGGAAGCUAAGAGUGAAGAAGAAGCUGCGAGAGGAGUGGUUGAAGGUGCCAUGGGAGCUUGGAAAAGGAAGUUUCCUUCUGCCAAAGUAGAUGACUGCACUGCGGUUUGUCUCUUCUUUCAUCACCAUGGAAUUUUCAGAUGAAGAAUUAUUAGAGACAACAUUAAUUGUUGUUCUUUGUUUCAAUUUAUCAAAAUAUAUGAUUGCUUGUUUAUUUGCUUUCUCUUUUGUGUAUUUUUUUUUAGAAUGGAGAAGGCUCCAAUGAUAAUAUAGAGUAGACUAGUAAGAGCAUAUGAUAAUAUAUUUAUGUUAUAUCUAUAUAUAUGAUCAUAUAUAGUUUGAUCCUAAUGUGAUAAUUGAUGUUAAUAUAUAGUCUAUAGAGAGAUCAACCUUGAGAAGUUGAUAUUAAUAAAAACUAAAUAGACAUUUCAAUUUCAUU